AUGUUUUUAAUUAUUUUUGUUUUUGUGUGCUAAGUUAUAGGAGAAGAAUUAUUAAAUUUGUCUACGAAAACAUUUUUCAUUGAAAGUGAGGUGAAGGGAGUGAAGGAGGUUAUUCAGGGAUCACGAUAAUUUAUUACAGAUUUUGAAAAUGCUGAAUUUGCUAUCAAUAUAGAAUUGCAAGGUAAUAAUAGUUAGCCUUGGGAUAUAUGCUUUUCAUAGUAAGGUUCAAUUGAAUUUGCAGAUUACGAGAAUCAUCAUACAUUAAUUUAUAAUGCAACUCAUAAUCCAGAUGAGGAACAUGCAAAUGACCCAUCAUAUUAUUUAAGUACACCAAUUUUGGUUAACAUGGUGAAAACAAACUAAGGUUUGAUGAUUGCCACAAGCGACCAUACUUUAUUGAAUUAUAACAUUACAUAGGAUCCAUAAAGUAUAGUUGGAUUUAAAACGCAGCUUUUGCAAGAAUAUGACUACGAUUACCUAAGAAGUGAGGCAACUGAAGCCGAAGUCCCUUAAAUUGUAUAUGCUCCUAUUUUUGAAUAUGUAUUUUUGAUAUACAGAGAUUAAAUAUUGAAGGGUAAAAUUUAACCAAAUAUGACUCUAUAAAAUUGUUCUAUUGGCAGUGGAUUGGAAAACGACAAUAAUUUUAUUGGAUAAAUCAAGAUUCUAAAUAAUUAUAUGUUUGUUCCUUUGGGCAGAGAUGGGUUGGACAUUUAUUAGAUUAAUAAAGAUGGUGAUAUAAGUCUUAAGUUGUCUAUGAAUUCCUUCGAUUUUUAUAACAAGGAUUUAACAAUUAGUUUAGUUGAUGUUGUAUUUAGUCAAUCUAGCACAUCAAGUGAUACUUAUGCUUUCAUUUUAGAUAGCAUUCAUGGUGUUACGAAGUUUCUUGUCAAAACUAAUGAACAGUAAAUAACUAUGGAUAGAGAUGAGAAGUUUGGACUUGUGAAUGUCAGAUCUGGUUUAGCUAUUGCAGUUUAACCUGAUGAUUUUCUAUUGAUAUUAAAAGAAGUUGGAAUCAAUCAAUAAUUGGUUGAAAUUGGAUUCAAGGAUGAAGGUUGGUUCGAAGUCAAGACACAUUUCUUAACUGGACAAUACUUUGAUAUUACAAUUUCCAAAUAGUUUGUACUUCUAAGAGGCAAAUCUGAACACAGGAUUGUGAGAACUGGGGUUUAUGAAGAAUUUGAACCAGAGUUUAAGUUCUACACUCAAGAUGACUAUUUCACUGAAAAGGCCAAUUCCUUCUAUGAAGAUUACGUAUUCGUUCCAAAACUAUAGAAUGUAUAAUUCUAUGAUUCAGAUUUCGUAACUGAAGGAACUCCUAAUUCAUGGUCAUUCUAAAAAAGUUAUCCAUAUUUACUCGGUUUAACCUAACAUUAUAUUGUGGAAUUACCAUAUAUAAUAAGGAAUCCUUAGAUUUAUUGCAAUCCUCGAUCUGAGUUAGAUGUUGGAAACAUUUAUAAAUAUGAUAUUCUGAUGAAUGCCACUUCUUGCCCUGAAAAAGAUAAGUAUUUGGAAGAAAAUCCAACUGUGCCAUAUCAAACCAUUCAGUGUUCAUAUAAGAAUACUUUUUAAGUCAAGGUAGUAUUAGCAUAGGCAAAGAUAUAUAACACUCAAGAGUUGAUUGCAGUUAUUAUUGGACUCAUAAUUCUACUGAUUUUAUUGGCAUUCCUAUUAGCUUAUUUGUAUCGAAAAUACAAAGUCAAAGAAGAAGGCCUUACUAGUCAAGUGUCGGGAUUUGAUAACCAAAAGGGAUAUGAUUUGGAACCAAAUGAUGCUCCUGCUACUCAGGGAUUAUGA